UUUAAUAUAUAUAUUUAUAUAAUCACAAACAAUGAGCGGAUACCCACCCCCAGGAGGUUAUUACCCACCACAAGGAGGUUACCCACCAGGAGCUUACCCACCUCCAGGUGGCGCCUACCCACCCCAAGCUGGCUACCCACCAGGAGCCUACCCACCCCAGGCUGGAUAUCCUCCAGGAGCCUACCCACCAGGACACCACGCUCCAGUUGGCUACCCACCAGGAGCCUACCCACCAGGUCGUGCCUACCCACAGGGAGCCUACUAUGGACAUGGCCACCACAAGAAGCACAAGUUCAAGGGAUACAAGAGACACGGAUACAAGGGAUUCAAGAAGGGAUUCAAGAAGUUCAAGAAGGGAUUCAAGUUCUAAACAGGUCGGUAUACUGCUCUCUUCAAACAACUGUUGUC